UUAGUGUAAAAAACGGGUCAAAGCGUAAUAUACAAUACCGGCUGUUUGUGGACCUCCGUAACCUUUCUUUCUCGCAACAAAGAACAAUCUGAAUUCUGUUUUCAUUUCACAUACGUGGAAUACUAUACUUUUUAAAUUAACGAUACUGAUACCGUGAAUUUUGCUCAUAAAACCCAGGAAGUAGACAAUCACGGGGUGCACUGACUUCAAGUCAAAUUAUUAGCCUUGCUUUUAGAGAUUCUGAAACGUUAGGUAUUGCACCAAACAAAACGUAUUGCGGACAUGUCAUUUUACUCUGUUCCAGUGGUAAGCAUUGCGUCGUUUGUUCUGGAAGGUGAAGAGCCAGUUUAUGUGAAGCUAAAUGGACGACAUAAUUACGUGAGAUAUAGGCUAUCAAUGCUAACAUGUAAAGUCAGUUUUUCUUUUUACAUAUGCAUUCAUUACCAUUAUCAUAAGCAUAAACUGAACGAAAUUACCCAAAGCAGUUAUGGUCUCCUAGAACAAAAAUGGAGCAAGCAAACUUGUGUAUAAUUUCAUCACGUUGUCAGCUGAUUGAUGAACUGACAUGCAACAGUGAAAUGAUUGACUGUUCUUUAACUAUUCUUCUUUGCAGUUAAAUUGAGUGAGGCACUUGACUUGUGCCUCACCCAUAGAUUGAAUCUCACCCUGAAAAUGUAUGUAACGCUCAACUCUUACUAAUAAACUUUGGUCAAAUUAAAUAAUAUAAAUCACAUUAUAUUUGAAUGUACCCGGAGGGUCUCAUGACAGUUCCCUAAUGUUUUCCUUCCAGGAUGCGCAUAAAGCACCAUAUUUCGUUGCCAGUGGCUACGGGAGCGUUGCUUUUUGGCGUUCCUUACAGCAUCUCACUUGUAGCCCAGUGGAUGUAUGGCUGGCCAAAUGAACCAGGUUACAAUAAGUAUAUAGAAGCGAUAAGGCCCAGGCGGAUAUACCGUUUAACCGCAGCCGUGCUGCAAAAGCUGAAAUAUGUUCAAUACAGUAAGCUGUAUUUUCAGUGGAACUCUUGGUACAAAAAUGCUGAUAACCAUAAACAUUUUAAAAAGGGCAUCACUUUUGGUCGCCAUUGCAACAAGCUGGAUGUAUACUACUGUCCCAAUACAGACCAAUCCUGUGCCGGUCCUGCACCGGUAGUGGUGUUUGUGUAUGGAGGUGCGUGGGGAUCAGGGAACAGAGCCAUGUACUGCCUGCUGGCAGCUCAGAUGGCGAAGGAGCUCAAUGCCACAGUGGUCUGCCCGGACUAUUCAACCUAUCCAAAGGGUGAUGUUCUGGAUAUGGUUCAAGAUAUUGCUGACAGCCUGUUGUGGGUGAAAGAAAAUGGUGAUGUGUUUAACAUUGAUAAAGACAGCCUUGUUUUGAUUGGCCACUCGGCUGGCGCACACCUGUGUGCUCUGACUACACUCUUUCUGGCCAGGGGUGCGAAGGAACUGGGCAUAGAGGCUGCCAAACAGAGGGAAAUCACCUCCACCAUCAAAGGGGUAGCAGGGCUGAGCGGGGUGUACAAUAUCAUGGAUCAUUAUCAGCAUGAGAUCGUACGAGGUGUGGAGUAUGUUUCCACAAUGCACAAAGCUAUGGGAGGAACUGAAAACUUUAAUUACUACUCGCCUACCACUGCACUAAACGCACUCACGGAAGACACACUGAAGAGAGUGCCUCCUUUCUGUUUGAUCCAUGGGACCAGUGAUGGAACUGUACCUGUGGAAUCAUCCCUCAAGUUCUCAGAAGCCCUAACCUGCCUCUCCGUGAAGGUGUCCCUUUACCUCCUGCCCAAAGUGGGCCAUGCAGAGAUGGUCACUGACCUAAUGGCCACCGACAGGAACUCCUACCACACUGUCUAUGACUGUAUUAAACAGGAACUCCGCAAAUUCACAGGAAGUUGAUGCCUCUAUAUUAUGGUCCCCCACUGAAUCUCACAACAAAGCAAAUUAAUUUGAUUAAUUUGUAUGGUUUCAUAAGUGCCAGCAUCUCAAUAAAGACAUGGAAAUGUAGAACAAUUUCUGAUUUCAAAGAGGGGAUUAAACCUGUUUGUCCAAACUGAA